AUGUUGCCCAUUGUGAUUUUCGCCAGUAUGCUCAGUAUGAGUGUCCGUUCGCCGGUUAUUUAUUGUGCUGCUCAACAAACUUUCGCAAUACGCAAUGCUCGUAACCAUCAACGCGGAAGAGCCUACGCCAAGGACCAGUUUAAUGCAAACGAUGAAGUUGCAACGCUUAACGAUACAACUCUGCUACAACACUUGCCAUCACACAAAUACAAUCCAAGUGCUAGUGAGAAAAACAAUCGGCCGCAUUAUCCUUUACUGCGUGCCACUCCUCCUGAAGUGGCCAAUUACCGCAACUUAGGUAAUUACUACCAGGACAUUCCAGCGAAUGUGCCUCUAACGAUGUUGGCGCCACCGAUACCCACUUUCAAAAAAGAGCAUAAACGACAUUUGGAGCAUUCCACACCCGUCUCUUUUCAUCACCUUGUGUUGCAUUUGAAUGGCAAGUUCGCGAUGGAUUCCCGUCCACGCCGCUAUGUAAACACCAGUUCCAUCGCAAUACAAACACCAAAUCCAUUGAAUGAUGUAAAUGAACAACUGACAGACACUGAGGUAAGGGAAACCUUACCCGCACAAGGUGCGCUGCAGAGAAAUGGGGAGUAUGAGAAGCAAAAAGGAUAUCCAGCAACAAUAAAGAAGGCAUAUCACGACAUCUUCAUGCGCUACAAUCAACCGCACCAGCUGAGCUUCGGACACGUCGAGUUCAAACCACAAAAACACUUUGAGAAACGUUUUGAAUCAUUGAACAAAAUUAAUGGCAAUCGUCAUCGUGGCGAGAUUAUAUGGGCUGAUGCGACAGGCGGUUACGGUGAGCACCAUUGGGAUUUGGCGCAAGGAAAACUUCGUUGAAGCACCACUGGAACGUGACUUGACGCAAUUCUUAAGUAUUUACACUUUUAAGUUCAUUAGAAGUUACCACUACAUGCACACACACAUAU